UCUUUACGUUUGCGAAGAAAUCUCCACAGAGCAUUAAAAUGAAGUCUGCGUGUCUUCUUGUUGUUCUUGCGUUAAUCGUCUGUCUAUUCAACUCAGUCGAAGCACAAUCACGGGAAAAGCGUGCCCUAUCACUAGAGUAUUGUCCAACUGGCUAUUCAGAGAAAGAAUGUAGGGUAUAUGCCUGGAAAAAAUUAAAAGAAUCUGGUGGCUGUCAAACUUUCCACUUAGGAGGUAACACAAUUCAAUGGGAAAGCUGCGGAGCCGUGUUGUGCCCACCUGGUGCGGAAAAACCAGGCGAUAAUAGAAAACCAUAUCCCGAUUGCUGUCCGAGUUGUUACUAAAUAGAUUGAGAUCGACCAGGAUCAAUUUUUAAAUAAAAGCAUUAAUUAUAUCAUCUCGAUAUCAUCCAUUGAAACUGAUUCAAUCAAACAUUAAUUGUUGGAUGUCUAAUAUUGUUAUUCCAACAAGUUCUGCAAAUACGCUGAGUCAUCAUAAGAAAUAAAAUGAAUAUUUCAUCGUUAAAAAAAUGUGUGCUUUUUUUAAUAUCUGAACAACUAUAUUAUUAAUAAAAAGAAUGUUUUGAAGGCUAUCGCGGCCAACAUAUGGUUUAGUAAAAAAAUUGCACAAAUUAGCAUCUCAUGUGUACUGUCUCAACUACAAUUUUUUUCGGUUUUUAAUUACAAUAAAAUAAUUUUUUGAUAGUUA